UACAUUUUUUUCCGGUCGCGUAUAUAAUUCUUGCUGUAUAAUGCAGGUACGAGCUAGUUAUGCUCGUGCUGUUCAUUCUGACGUUUCUCUUCUGGAUAGUUGCUGCGUUGGACGUUAGAAUGAACGGUCAACGUGAUUUAGAAAGAAAAUACUGGCACAAAUACGAUCCGACAUUGAUAGCGGAGGGGAUCUUUUGUCUGGCGACGAUCAUGGCGUUCUUUAAACUGUUGUUCAUCUGUCAAUUGGAUUACCAUCUCGGACCUCUACAGCUUUCUCUGGUCAAAAUGAUUAGGGACGUCGGCCAUUUUGUCGCGAUAUUCGGAAUUAUCGUUAUAGCCUUCACAAUCGGAUUGUGUCAUCUUUAUCAAUACUAUAACGGAAUGGUACAGACCGACGAUGAGUCAAAAUUGAAGACGGAGCAGGAGAAUUCCUUCGUCGAUUUCAAGUCCACCCUGAAGACUCUCUUCUGGGCUGUUUUCUGCAUGAGUCCAGUGGAAAGCGCCGACGUGAUCAUCGAGAAUCUUCCGGGUGAGAGGGAAUCGGAGACGAUAAUUAAUCAACAUAACUUUACCGAAUUUAUCGGUUACCUCGCUUUCGCCAGUUUUCAGUUCAUUUCCGUGAUAGUUGUUUUAAAUAUGCUAAUCGCUUGUAUGGCGAAUACCUUCACCAGAGUGACAGAUAACGUUAACGUGGAGUGGAUCUUUGGCCGAACUGAAAAUUUAACUGUCUUAAAUCUGCGCGACUAUAAAAUGGAUGACAACGUUUCCAUCUUUCUGGUUGUCAUUCUCGCGAUCAGCGGUUUAACAAUGCUGACCGCGCUGCUCGCCUGCUACGCUUGCAUCUUUCGCGAUUUGUGCUGUCGGCCGGGAGGCAGAUCCAAGAGACGACGUCAACGGAGCCUCCAACAAGAGAUCGAUAAUCCCAAUAGAACUACAUUAAACACGAUACCAUUGAAUGAUAUCACACAGGGAGAAAGUAUGCCCACGGAAUCAGAAAAGAUUUAAAGGGAAGGUUGCACAAAAUUUAAGAGCGCUCUCUUAGCAAUAAUUGCAAUCGUAAAAGCAAUGUAAAGUUUCAAGCCAUGAAAGAUGGAGACGAUAAUAUUGACUGAUGAUAAUAUUCAGAAAGAGAGAUAUAUAUAUGUGUAUGAAUACUUCUAAUGAAUCUC